AUGAACACGACGUCGCCACAACAACAAGCAACAGUGGAUACAAAACAACUAGAAUCACUCAUUGAAGAAGGAAAUUCCUUUUUUAAAGUACAAAAGUGGAAUGAAGCAAAACAAAAGUAUAGUUUGGCUAUCGGAUUGAUUCAAAAUUUAAACGAAAUAUUUCAACAACAACAGGGUUCAUUCAAAUAUCUCGAACAACAGUGGAUCCGAGUGCACAACAAUAGAGCACAGGUACAUUUGAUGUUGAAAGAAUAUAAUGAAUCAUUGGCCGAUUGUCAACAAGUAUUAAAAUUUGACCCACUCAAUGAGAAGGCAAUAAUUAGGCUUGUACAGAGUCUCAAUUUCUCAGGAUCUAAAGAACUUGCUUUUGAAGCUCUGUUAAAUGGAUUGAUGAAAUCACCAGGGAAUGACAAAUUGGAGGCACUAAAAGCUCUCUUUCCAAACUUUUUAGAUUUACAUGACCUUAUUGCUUUGGGAUGUGAACAAACAAAUAAGUAUAUUUUCUCUGUCAAACAAUUGAAAGGAAUCGAGCACAAAGCAUAUCACGAUACUUGGAGAGUUGAGGAUUAUUUUGAUCCAACAAAUGAAAAUAGAUGCUUUGACAUUCCAUGCCCAACGGAUCAGUUCUUUGUUGACAAUGCCCUCAUUGAAAAAGAAAAGCAAUAUUUUGAAAACCUUUCAAAGAAAAACAAAGGAACUUUUCCACAAUUAUUUGACUAUGGGAAUGUUUAUUGUCGAAAACCUCAAAUUGCAAAUGACCCUGAAUUUCCAUUGACAUUUCAAUAUUAUUAUAAAUUUUCUCAUGGAGAGAAGAAACCUCUUGGUUUUGCUAAUGUUGCUUGGUUGCGAUCUCUAUUUAAGUUGCAAGCAAACAAAAAAGAUUUAUUUAUUUUACUCCCACAAAAUCAAAACAUGGAUUCAUGGGCAUUGUACAAGGUCAAAGAUUUUGGACUUCAAUUUGGAAACGUGAGAUGUAAAUCUACAAACUGGUAUGCCAUUCACAGAGGUGACGUUGUGGUGAGAGACUUUGAUAAGCACAUUUGGUCCUUAUUAAUUUUGGAAAGCGUUGAUCCUUCAAAACAAACAAUACCAUCGAAUUAUUUAUUGAUUUUAUGGGUCCUCAAUUUAACCACUUUGAUUAUCUCUUGA